AUAUGGGUUCCAUCGUCAACCAAACGUCAUUUUGCAGCGCAUGACUAUUUUAUUCGUGAACGUUAAGAUUUUUUCAUUUAACUUAGUAGUCAUUGUUAAAGCGCUCAUGCCUAAAAAGGCUUAUGUUUGGAAAAGCUGGAAUAGAAGGAGGAGAAAUAUGGGACCUGGGCCGAGCGCAGUGGCUCACACCUGUAAUCCCAGCACUUUGGGAGGCCGAGGCAGGUGGAUCACAAGGUCAGGAGUUUGAGACCAGCCUGGCCAAAAUGGUGAACCCCCAUCUCUACUAAAAAUAGAAAAAUUAGCUGGGUCUGGUGGCGGGCGCGUAAUCUCAGCUACUCGAGAAGCUGAGGCAGGAGAACCACUUGAACCUAGGAGGCAGAGGUUGCAGUGAGCUGAGAUCGUGCCACUACACUCCAGCCUGGGCGACAGAGUAAGACUCUGUCUCAAAGAAAAAAAAAAAAAAAAAGAAAUAUCGGACCUGAAUAAGGGAAAGAAAUGGGGGAUACAUAGAAACCAGUGGAACCUGAAACCUAACUGCUAGGAGGCUUCUGGGUAUUUUCUGAUUAUAUUUUCUCCAGUGUUGAUAUUUUAUCAUGUUGCUAUGGUUAGCCUCUUAAGUUUGUUCACUUGUUCCCUGAAGAAAUACAGGUAUUCGUGCUAGUGAGAGACUGGCAGCAGGACUGUUAUUUACUGCCAUAUUUUGAGUCAACUUUCUGCAGAUUUGAUAAGAGCAGCUCAAGAGUUUAGCAGCAUUUCAGAGGAAAAAUAAAAACGAAGAGCAGACUUAUAGAUGUACCUUUGCUUCUGCCUACAUUUAUUGGGCUCUUACUGUGCUUCAGUCAUCAUAUUGGGACAGAUGAAGGAGAUGACCCAGACACCCAGUCCUUAAGGUCUCCAGAAAAGAUAGAUGCUCAAAAAGUUAAGAUGUGUUUAUGCAAAGGGGACUGGACUCAGAAACCAAGAAACAACUAGAAGAAGAAGAAAAGAAAAUCAUUAGUGAAGAGCACUGGUACUUGGAUUUGCCAGAGCUUAAAGAGAAAGAGAGUUUCAUAAUAGAAGAGCAGAGUUUCUUACUAUGUGAAGAUCUUCUCUAUGGAAGAAUGUCAUUCAGAGGAUUUAAUCCUGAGGUUGAGAAACUGAUGCUUCAGAUGAAUGCUAAGCACAAAGCAGAAGAAGUUGAAGAUGAAACAGUAGAGCUUGAUGUGUCAGAUGAAGAGAUGGCUAGAAGAUAUGAGACCUUGGUGGGGACAAUUGGGAAAAAGUUUGCCAGAAAGAGAGACCAUGCCAAUUAUGAAGAAGAUGAAAAUGGAGACAUAACACCGAUUAAAGCAAAGAAGAUGUUCUUAAUGCCCCAGGAUUAAGAUGGAUGCCUUAAGCGAUGGCCCAGGGGUGCUUGGUGGAAGUCAGCAGCGCAUCUGGAGCUCAUCCCAAUGGUGUCUCUAUAGUUAUUAAUACUGUAACGUUUACUUGUAAAGAGAUUAUCAUUUUAGAAACAUGCUGUUUUUGAAACAGAUGUGUGAUGGAUGUUGUACAUCCUUUGCUUCUUGGUAUUCAUUCAGAGUGGAUUUUUAGCCCCUGAUCUACAAAUGUACGUUGUUACAGGGCUGCUUCCUAAAGAUUUUUUUUACCUCAGGUUUCUCUUAAUAUAGUUCUCCAGUCACUGACCUUGAAUUGACUCAUAUAAAUUACUGCCAAUGUUUAAAUUGCCCUUAUGUUUAUAUUUAUUAUGUCAAGCCAAUUCGUACAUACAAUUUGGAAUCAAAUGUCAUAAGAAUUUAUUAUAUAAAUUUAUCAAGAAUAAAAAUGCCUCUCCAGCCUUAAGUAUUUACAUGCUCCCAGGUCAUUGUCAGUUUAUGGUAUUAUGUUGUUUUAUUUAAAGCAUUGAAUAAAUAGAAAAAAUUGCUCUGUAAUAAAAAUCUACUUUCACAUA